CUGCUGAAACCCGGAACAACAACAACAUCAGCUGCUGAGUUUCGAUCGUGAGUUUCAGGAGCAGAACUUCUAGAUAUUUAAACUUUAAAUGUUCCAGAUAUUUAGAUUUUAACUUCUAGAUAUUUAAACGUUAAAUGUUCCAGAUAUUUAGACUUUAACUUCUAGAUAUUUAAACUUUAAAUGUUCCAGAUAUUAACCCUCUACCUGCCGGGAUGCUCGCCGCUCUGCUGUCCGUGUCACUGCCCUUCCUGCUCUGCGUGGUUCUGGUGAAUACCGACCUGUUUGACUCGGUUCCAGUGGACCUGGACCAGGGUCACUACGCGGAGAAGCGCGUGCACGCUCUGCCCGCGUUCCUGGCGAUGCCGUGUAACUGCGCGGUGAACGUGGGUUAUAUCUGCGUGGGUCUGUACUGGCUGCUGUGGAACCGGACAGAUACCGAACCCGACCAGAGCCGUUACAUGAGGCAGGUGUUCGCGCUCAUGGCCCUGUUCUACGCGCCCGUGCAGUGGACGCGCCUGACGGUGCUGCGGCGCGCUCCCGCCGUGCUCGACCAGUGGCUCACGUUACCGAUUUUCGCGUGGGUUCCGGUAUGGAUCCGGUACAUCGAGGAGCCUCCGGGUCAGUGGAGCGGCGCGCACGGGGCCGCGCUGGAGCUGUGCUCGCUGCUGAGCUACGGACUGACGCUGCUGCACCCGCGGGGCUUCGAAGCGGCUCUGGGCGCGCACGUCGUCCUGGCCGUGCACGCGGCGGUUCGGCUGCAGCUCAAGCACGGGGACCGUCACACGUGCACAGUUCUGCUGCUGGCGGUGCUGUCCUGCGCGGGCUUCGUGGUGCUGAAGCUGCUGGAUCACCAGCUGGCCCGGUACCGGCUGUUCCGGCGGUUUACCGGACACUUCUGGUCCAAAGUGUGCGACGUGCUGCAGUUCCACCUCAGCUUCCGCUUCCUGACCGCUCUGGGUCAGCGGGUCCAGCAGAACCGAACCAAGGCUGCAGCCCGGCAGGAGUAACGGAACCAGUCCAGAGCUGCAGGACUAACAGAACCGGAUCAGUUGAGUUCUGAUGGAUGGGUGUGGCUGGGGGCACUAGGACCCUGCUAAUCCAGGUGAAUGCAGCUCACCUGAGCAGCUCAGGUGUGUCAGCGUCAUGUCAUCAAUGUGUUGUAAUCACAAUCAUUGUGAAGUUUUUUUUAUUUUUACAGAAUUUGUAAUAACAGUCUUCUGCAGCAUGUGAGAGUUUCUCCACUAAAUGAACGGUUUUUGUUUCUGAUCUCUGAGGUUAAUCUGUGAAUCUGCUCUCAUUCUGUUUAUAGAUUUUUCUAUUUUUAUCUGUAGCUGGGAGUCACUAGUAGAAACUUUGCUGUGAAAACAUGAUGACAAUAAAGAUUGUUGAACUUUACAGCUAAAGUGCCGUUUGCUCCUUUUUCUGGUUUGCUUCCAUAGUUUUAUGUAUUUUGUGCUCAGGUGUGUCACUCUGGCUUCACUCUUCUGUUGGGACAAAUGAAUUUCUUCUAGCUUGAUUGACUCACCUGUUUCUAUCGCUAACUACGCUCUGUCCAGGUGAUUUAGUUCAGAACAUGUGGUCCAUGUAGCUACAGAAGGAGACCCUCACCUGAAGGUUCAGUAAAGUAUGACAGUCCAGCAUUGCUGUGCUGCACCUGUUUCCAGGUAACUAUAAGACUGAUCCACGUCUGGAAACGUUGAGGUGAUUUUACUACCAGAGAACCGAUCAUGUUAUCAUGCUGUUAAUCCACUUUGAACACAUUUUUCUCAGAUGUUAAAGUAAAUCUAAAAUGUUAAACUCUGAAGAUCUGAAAUGUUUGAGUGACAAAUCAGCAGAAAUACAGCAAAGCUGAGAAGAAAGCAAAAGACUGAGGUGUUCUGGAGUGAGCAGGACUCUAUGCGGUGGUCUGCUGACUGGACAGAAGGUCAGAAGGUUCUGGACUCCAUAGAGGAGAAGCUCGUGUUCAUCAUGGACUCUCACCCACUGCAGGACACUGGAGGCUUUAAGCAGCUCCUUCAGCAGGAGCAGGAUUUAUUCAUUUUAAUUCUUCAUCCUUGUACAUAUUGUAAAUAUUAGACAUCAUUGUGUGUAUUUGAUGCUGUAACAAUGUGAAUUUCUCCUGGUGUGGGGAGCAAUAAAGGAUUAUUUUAUCUCUUA